UGCGUUCGUUGCGUCACGGAUUGUCAACAACCGACGCUAGCCUGUGUACACGUUGGGUUCGUUCACCCGAAUUACCGCGUCGAACUCGAACAGCUGAGCUCGGUUGCCUUGGUUCGUAAAAUCAAGUCUCGUCCACUCUCAAAAACACUGAGAAUAUCACGAGCCAUCCAACUGCAAGACAUUGCCGUCGCUGCUGUCGUCAUCUUCCUGAAAGCUGACAUGAAAAACCGAAAUGCAGAUCAUCAAGGACAUCGCCGUGAUAUACAAAAUAAUAAGGCACCUCAGGAUUUUUUGGUAGUAGAGGACGAGGUCGUGGGCCGUCACUAUAUCGCCACAAGGGACCUCGCUGUUGGAGAAACCAUUAUCAGAGAGCCACCAUUGUUCUCUGGCUCCGGUUGGACUCCCGUUCCCAUAUGUCUGGGGUGCAACUUGGCGCUGAAGGAAGAAACUGCUGUACCUUGCGCGAGAUGCUCAUGGCCUCUUUGUGCCACCUGCAUAGACCAUGGACCGGAAUGCCAUUUCAUUGCUACUCGAUGUUAUGGAAAGGAUUCGAUCGCCGAGCUCUGCUACAUACCCGAUACUUAUCAAUGUAUGGAUGUUAUAAGAAUAUAUUCUAUGAAGAAAGCCAAACCCAGCGCAUAUAAAAAGUUCAUGAAGCUCCAAAGUCAUAGCGAACAAGAUAUAAUAAAGAAUUUGGCCUCAAAUAUUGAAACUGACAUCAGAAUGUUGUUCAAAGCGGACGAUCUAACCACCGAAGAAAUUGCAAACAUCAUGGGAAUCUUGAAGAUUAAUGGAUACGGAAUCCCAACAACCGAGCAUUCACACCUCGCAGUUUAUGAAUUGUCUGCGUUCAUUGAACACAGUUGCAGAGCAAACUGUUCGAAGAGAGUAACAUCAGACGAUUAUCUGGUGAUUCGUGUCGAAGUACCUAUACCAAAGGGUGGACAUAUAUCCGUUUGCUACCUAAAUGCGUUGUUAGGUACCGAUCAGAGGAGACAUUACCUCAAGAGUUUCUAUUUCUUUGACUGCGCUUGUGACCGAUGCCAGGAUCCCAUGGAAUUUGGCAUAAUGGUUAACUCUAUAAAAUGCAAGACAAGCGAAUGUCCCGGAUACGUUUUGCCAGAAACAUUCCUCGGAACAGAACCAAUCCCAUACAUAUGUAAGAAUUGUAAAUCGUCGAUGAGCCACGACGAGGUGACCGAGUUGUUGAAAAGUAUUGGCGAUGAUGUCGCAAAGAUAAAGACAAACGGCAACAGUGGGUGUGAAGAUUUUUUAAAACGUUACAAGGACGUUCUACAUCAGAAUCAUUUUUACAAUCUCGACAUUAUAAUGACCUGGGUUAAUAAGACCAGUCUAGAAGAUCUAGGGCGCAUUAAUAAAUGUGUUCUCUUCGAUUGGAUCAAAUCAUGCAAGAGGCUUAAUAUUGUACUCCGAAUUGUCGCACCUGCUGAUGUUGAUCUACGAGGGUCGUUACUUAAAUUCAUUUGCACGUCCCUUAGUAUGACACAACUGAAAAGAAACUUUGGGGAAGCAAAGCAAUGUUUAGAUGAAGCUCUUGAACUAUUAAAAUGUGAAUAAUAUUCGAAAAUGAGUAAUAUCAGCGAGCCGGAUUUAUGAAAUUUUGGAAUGCAUUAACGAUUGAUAAUAAUCUGGAUAUAAGUUAACAAAUUUUUAAGCAACUAUGAAAGAUCUGCUUCACAUUGUUCCAGCGAAUAUAAUGAAAAUCCGAUAAUAGCCGUACAAAAAAUUCGUUAUAACGCAGGCACAGUUUUUUAAGGAGGCAGUUAGAAUUUUAUUUUUGUCGAAAUUUGCCUUUACUAUUAUUUACCAAUAUUUUUAAAAGGAGAUUUUAAACAUGAGCGUUCUAUAUAUGUCUCCUGUAUCGUGUUCUAUGUACUCUUCUAUAAUCCUCCAGAGGACCUUAUUUUGUGUGAUUACUGUGAUUACUUGUGUGAUUACUUUAUGUUUUUAAUCAAUAUUUCUGGAAGGACAUUUUAAAUAUAAGUAUUCUAUAUAUACAUCUCUUGUAUUGUGUUCUACGCACUUUUCUAUAAUCCUCAAGAAGACUUUAUUUAAGCAUUCUACAUAUGUCUCCUGUAUUGUGUUCUAUAUAUAUUUUUGUAUAAUCCUCAAGAGGACUUUAUUUUGUGUGAUUACUCUAUGAUUACUUGUGUACUUACUUUAUGUUUCUAACCAAUAUUUCUGGAAGCACAUUUUAAACAUAAGCGUUCUAUACAUAAAUAUAUCUCCGUAUUGUUUUCUAUGUAUUUUCAAUAAUAUAAUGUAUUUUCUAUCAUUCUUA